AUGUUUCAAACCAAGGCAAUCCUCGAUCACGAGGUCUGGCAAAGCCACAAUGAUUUUGUUCCCCCGGCGAAGGAAGAGGAGGUGGCGCUGCAUUAUGAGAGAGCCAAGCUGAUGUGCCAGCAUAGCGGCCUGAGUUUGCAUGACAUCGAAGCCCUUACUGAGAAGUUUUGGGAUUUUCAUUUCGACAGUAAGAUUCCUUCGACCUGCACACCCCAAACAAAGCAGCAUCAAAGGCAAUGCCCCCCGACACCGUACUGUGGCAUACCACGGGUUGCAAUAGUUUUUGCUCGCUUGAUAGUUCACGGAAAGAGCCAAGGGGUAAAGCCAUUCGUUGUCUUUCUUAGCGAUGCGGGUGCGAUGCGUCCUGGGGUUUCGUUGCGAAUAUUACUUUCAAGACCAGGUACCAAACCGCUGGAUCAUGCAAUCACUACGUUUCAUCAUGUUCAGCUACCACCAAGUGCUCUUCUCGGUUCUACUUCCAAACCAAAGCAUGAGCGUGCCGAGUUUCUGCGUCAGAUUUGGCGGGUUGCUGUUGGAACGUUGUCGCUCUCGAUCAUGGGCAUAUCUGCCAUGCGUGUGGGAACGCGCAUCGCUGCUCUCUACAGCGAACGAAGGACUAUCCUGUCACCAGAUGGACAUUAA